AUGAACAGGGCCCCUCUGAAGCGGUCCAGGAUCCUGCGCAUGGCGCUGACUGGAGGCUCCACUGCCUCUGAGGAGGCAGAUGAAGACAGCAGGAACAAGCCGUUUCUGCUGCGGGCGCUGCAGAUCGCGCUGGUCGUCUCUCUCUACUGGGUCACCUCCAUCUCCAUGGUAUUCCUCAACAAGUACCUGCUGGACAGCCCCUCCCUGCAGCUGGAUACCCCUAUCUUCGUCACUUUCUACCAAUGCCUGGUGACCUCUCUGCUGUGCAAGGGCCUCAGCACUCUGGCCACCUGCUGCCCUGGCACCGUUGACUUCCCCACCCUGAACCUGGACCUUAAGGUGGCCCGCAGCGUGCUGCCACUGUCGGUAGUCUUCAUUGGCAUGAUAAGUUUCAAUAACCUCUGCCUCAAGUACGUAGGGGUGGCCUUCUACAACGUGGGGCGCUCGCUCACCACCGUGUUCAAUGUGCUUCUGUCCUACCUGCUGCUCAAACAGACCACUUCCUUCUAUGCCCUGCUCACAUGUGGCAUCAUCAUUGGUGGUUUCUGGCUGGGUAUAGACCAAGAGGGAGCUGAGGGCACCCUGUCCCUCAUAGGCACCAUCUUCGGGGUGCUGGCCAGCCUCUGCGUCUCCCUCAAUGCCAUCUAUACCAAGAAGGUGCUCCCAGCAGUGGACAACAGCAUCUGGCGCCUAACCUUCUAUAACAAUGUCAAUGCCUGUGUGCUCUUCUUGCCCCUGAUGGUUCUGCUGGGUGAGCUCCGUGCCCUCCUUGACUUUGCUCAUCUGUACAGUGCCCACUUCUGGCUCAUGAUGACGCUGGGUGGCCUCUUCGGCUUUGCCAUUGGCUAUGUGACAGGACUGCAGAUCAAAUUCACCAGUCCCCUGACCCACAAUGUAUCAGGCACAGCCAAGGCCUGUGCGCAGACAGUGCUGGCCGUGCUCUACUAUGAAGAGACUAAGAGCUUCCUGUGGUGGACAAGCAACCUGAUGGUGCUGGGUGGCUCCUCAGCCUAUACCUGGGUCAGGGGCUGGGAGAUGCAGAAGACCCAAGAGGACCCCAGCUCCAAAGAGGGUGAGAAGAGUGCUAUUGGGGUGUGA